AUGAUGUUUUUUCUCUUCUGCUUGCUUGUGGCUUUGGUUAGCGCCUAUCCCAACCGGGGUCCCUGUUCGGGAGACUGCUGGACACACGAUCCCGCCUUGGCCCAAAGAGAAUACGAUGGCAAGUAUUUUCGCUUUGCUACGGGAGACGGUGUCUUGAUUUCGACUGCCGAUUCCCUCAGGGGGCCAUGGACCGCGGUUGGCUCUGCCCUGGCCCAGGGUUCUCAGAUCGAGCUCAAUGGUGUGAACAAGACCGAUAUCUGGGCACCCGACGUGCAUUACGAGGACGGGACGUACUACAUGUACUACGUGAUCUCCAAGCUGGGAACCCAGGACUCUGAGAUAGGCGUGGCUACCUCGCACACCAUGGAGCCGGGCUCCUGGACCGACCAUGGCGUUGUUGGUAUCCCAGCCAAUGGCCAAUAUAACCGCAUCGACCCCAACUGGAUCUCCAUCGGCGGCCAGGCGUAUCUCAACUUUGGCUCUUACUGGAACGACAUCUUCCAGAUUGAAAUGCAAGGCCCGCUACAGGCUGCCGCCCAAGCGCCUCGGAACCUGGCAUUUAAUGGCAGUCUCAACCACCGCGAGGAGGGGUCGUUCAUGUUCCAGAAUGGCGACUGGUUCUAUCUCUUGUUCUCCGCUGGUAUUGCCAAUGCCUACACCGCUACCUAUCCCGCCCCCGGAGAGGAGUAUAGCAUUCGCAUGUGCCGUUCUCAGUCUGGUCUCAGUGGCUUUGUGGACAUGCAAGGCCAUGAGUGUCUAGAAAGCGGCGGUUCGAUGCUGCUCUCCAGUCAUGGAGAGGUUUACGCCCCCGGUGGACAGGGCGUUCUCAACGACCAAUACCUCGGACCUGUGCUGUACUAUCAUUACUACACGCCUGAAGCGAAGCAGGCUGCCGCCGGCAAUUCGGGAUACCGGUUCGGCUGGAAUGAGCUGGGCUUCCAGAACGGAUGGCCGUACGUGAAAUGA